UCAUACAGAUAUUAUUUUUUUUACUUCAUUACUCCCAACAAUACUUUCAUUUCAUUCCUCUGCAACCUUUAAAAACCCCAUUACCUUACCUCACCAUCCAUCUACCCAUCACAUGUCCACAUGUGUAUGCCCAGCAUUUCUCUACAUGUGGCAUUAGCCCCACUCUUCUACUCAAGGGUACAAGGAAUUCGAUCGCAAUAAUCAAAAGCUUCUCAGAAGUGAAGUCAUAUACACAACAUUUUCACAGCAUUAUUUCCAACUGAAGUUCCAUUUCAUUCCUCUUCAACCUUACUUGCCCAUCCAUCCAUACAUCCAUCUAGAAUGGAUUCGUUGGGUCCGGUUAUGCAGAUCAUUCUCCCCUUCUGGGCUCCUGUUUCACGGCAAAUCAGUUAUUUCAAAGACCUCAGUAAGAACGUAGAGAAAUUGAAGAAGGAAAUGGAUGAACUACAAGACAUGCGUGAUGAAAUUCAAGCUGAUGUCGACGAUGCUAUAUCAGUUGGAAAGAGACAGAAGCCCUUAGUGGAGAAUUGGCUCAGGGACGUCAGAAAGAUCGAAACCCAAGUCGAUUCAAUAAGAUUGGAGUUUGAACAAAGGGGAACAAUCUUGAAUGGUUGUUGCACGGACCACUUUUCUCGUUAUAAAUUGAGUAAAAGGGUUGUUAAAAAUCUCAAACACAUCGAAAACCUCAGAGGAAAAGGUGUAUUUGAUAUGGUGGCUGAGAGCCCUCGCCGGCCCAGGGUGUUGGAGAUGCAAACAUCAUUACCACGAGAACAACAAAGCACGUCUGAGCAAACCAUGGAGGAGAUAUGGAAAUGCUUACAUGACGACGAGAAUGGGGUCGUAUGUGUUUAUGGGAUGGGUGGAAUAGGGAAAACCACUAUCAUGAAAGCCAUAAACAAUAGGUUCAUAGGCACCAGUGACUUCGAAAUAGUGAUUUGGGUAAGUGUGUCCAAGGAUCUCAACUUGGGAUUAAUACAAAAGAGGAUUGGAAAGUACUUGGCUAUCAGGUUUGAUGAUAACGAAGACAUCGAAGAGAACAGGGACAGGCUGUUUGCUCGGUUGAAGAAUGUGAAAUAUCUGCUCAUCUUAGAUGACCUAUGGGAAGCAUUUAUCUUGGAUCAAGUCGGAAUUCCAAAGCCAGACAAGCAUAACAGAUGUAAGAUCGUGAUAACCACCCGAUUCAUUAAAGUGUGUACUGCAAUGGGGGCCAAUAAGCUGAUUAAAGUCAGGACACUUACGCGUGGGGAUGCAUCGAAUUUGUUCUAUGAAAAAUGUGGGGAUGUGGUUCUUUCAUCAGAUAUUCGACUGGUAGUAGAGAAGGUUGUGGAGGAAUGCGGCGGAUUACCAAUUGCAAUUAAAACUGUGGGACAGGCCAUGCAUUGCAAGGAUAAGAAAGAGCUAUGGGAGAAUGCAUUGAGGGCAUUGAAAGGAUCAUCACCUGAGAUUCCAGGUAUGGAGCGUGAAGUGUUUCUUCCUUUGAAACUUAGCUAUGAUUGCCUAGAAAAUGAUAAGAUCAAAGCAUGUUUCCUGUAUUGUUCAUUGUUUCCGGAAGAUCACGAUAUAAACAUAAAUGAUCUAGUAACAUACUUGGCCAUCGAGGAAGGAUUCAUAGAAAAUGUAAAUAACUUGGAAGAAGCAUCAAACAAGGGGCAUGAUAUCCUUGAAAGAAUCAAGGACGCAUGCCUCUUGGAGGAAGGGUCCAAAGGAAAUGAAUAUGUUAGAAUGCAUGUCGUGCUCCGCAACUUAGCUAUAUGGAUCACUUCAUCGUCAUCAUUCAUCGAAGGCUCAAAAUUCCUUGUGCAAGCUGGGGAGGGACUUGUGCAGCCACCAGAAGAGAAAAUGUCAGGAGGGAUUGAAAGGAUUUCAUUGAUGUGCAACAAAAUAGAAUUUCUCCGAAUUAAACCCGAUUGCCCUAACUUGGUCUCCUUGUUCCUCAAUGACAACUGUCAAUUACAUACCAUUCACAGUAGUUUCUUUGAGCUCAUGCCGAAACUUCAGAUCCUCGAUCUAAGUAAUACCUUCAUUGAAUGUCUCCCAGUGUCGUUAUCGCAAUUGGUGAAUCUACGUGUGCUCAUUCUAAGAUCCUGCAGACGUCUAGUGAAGGCACCACCAUUGGAAAAUUUGAAGGAACUCCAACUUCUUGAUCUCUCAUACUCUGGCUUCAAAAACUUGCCUCAAGGCAUUGCAAGUUUGGUUAAACUUAAGCGAUUGAAUCUAUCAUUUUCUCAUCUCGCCAUAAUUCCCUACAAUACGAUAUAUGGGCUAACUAGUCUGGAGGAUCUGAGCAUGUUGGGGGUGAUACACAAGGACAGAACUACUUUCGGCAAGACUGCAAACAUGACACACCUGAGUUCUUUAAGAAUCAGCAUGUCCCAUCUUAAUGGCUUCAUGGCAAGUGAUAUGUUCCAUCAAUGGUUUUCGGGCUUGAGAAGAUUCAAUGUUCAAGUUGGCUAUGAAAGGAAUGAGGAAGUCAUGUGCUUGUCUGAUAAGGAGAUAUGCAUCCGUGGAUGUGAUAAUUUCGCCUGCGGGAUUGAGGGUUUCAUAAAACUUGCAAUCACUGUACGCUUCCAAGAAUGCAAAGGUCUAACAAGUCUUUCUCAGUUAGUAGGUGAUUCGAAGAGUUUAAGACAUCUUGUAGUCUUUGGAUUCAGUGGAUUGGAAUGCAUUAUAGACUGGAGAAAGGUAGGAGAUGAUGCAUUGGAAUGUUUACGGGAGUUAGAUCUCUGUAAUUUACCAAACUUGGAGAAGGUAUUUGAUGGUGGAGCGCCUCCCCCGAACACUCGCUUUCAAAACCUAAGAAGAGUACAGCUUCAAGAUUGUCCCAAUUUAAGGUGUCUCUUCUCCUCGAGUAUGGUCGAACAUCUACAUCAGUUAGAGUUGCUUCAAGUAUUCGAUUGUCCCGAAAUGCAGGAGAUUAUAGAAGGUGACAUGCUGCCUGAUAAUUCAUUUCCAAGAUUAUGCUUCCUACGGUUGCAGAAUUUAUCGAAAUUAGCAAGCAUUUUUAGCCAGAGAUUUAUUUUUAUAUCUUUGGAAAAGAUCUAUGUACGUUCGUGUCCUAGAUUGAAGAAGCUCCCUCUUUUCUGCUCAAGCAUCUAUGAAAUAAAAGGAGAAAUAAAAGGCGAGAAGGAAUGGUGGGAAGGAUUAGAGUGGGAAGACGAGAACUCCAAGUCUCUCUACUCCAGAAUUUACCAGAGUCCUCAUUCUUUUAUCUAGAAAGGGUGAAGUGGAUUUCUGUCAUUAGCUCAGGAAGAUUUCUGGAUAAUAUCACAAGAAGAACAGGAAACUCUAAAAUCUCCUGAGAUAUUCCCAUUGCUAGAAAUUGUUAAGAAUGUGAUUUUUCACUAUCUGUUUUAUAUUUACUUUGCAG